UGGUGCGGGAAGAGGACCGUAGCUUUCUUGCAGUGUUGGAUGAUAGUUUCACAUUUAGGUACGCCGUAAACGGUGUUAACUUCGACUGUCUCUAUUAUAGAACAUCUUUCAGAAAUUUAAGCAAUAAUAUCAAUUACACCAAUGAUGCCACUCCCACAAUCUCCCAUU